GGAUGCGGGGGAGGGCGUGGAGGAAGCGGGGGCGCGCGAUCGUGGUGGCGUCAUCAGUUUGCGCCGCACCCGGAAGAGACGUGGCAGCGAAAAGAGUAACAGGAACCGCAGGAGGGGGUGAAGCGACGGCUCCCGGGCAGCCCCCCGGGAGACCAUGGGGCUCUGCAAGUGCCCCAAGAGGAAGGUGACCAACCUGUUCUGCUUCGAGCACCGGGUCAACGUGUGCGAGCACUGCCUGGUGGCCAACCACGCCAAGUGCAUUGUCCAGUCCUACCUGCAGUGGCUCCAGGACAGUGACUACAACCCCAACUGCCGGCUCUGCAACACCCUCCUGUCCACACGGGAGACCACGCGCCUUGUCUGCUAUGAUCUGUUCCAUUGGUCUUGCCUUAAUGAACGCGCUGCCCAGCUGCCUCGGAAUACAGCCCCUGCUGGCUACCAGUGCCCCAGCUGUAGUGGCCCCGUCUUUCCCCCGGCCAACCUCGCGGGCCCUGUGGCCACUGCCCUGCGGGAGAAGCUGGCAACCGUCAACUGGGCCCGAGCCGGGCUGGGCCUCCCACUGAUAGAUGAAGCGAUCCCAGCCUCUGAGACCCUCGAGAUUUCUGGCUUCUCUGAUUGGUCCAACUUCAAUACAAGCAGCCCCUCAGGGCUAGAAGAGCAAACCGCACCCUCGGUCGCUCCAGCCUUCUACAGCACACCCUCUCGGCCCCCGCCUUCCCCUGGCCGGACUGAGCAGCACGCUGUCAUCCACAUGGGUAGCCCUGAGCCCCUGACAGCCUCUGCCCCUCGGAAAGUAUAUGAUACCCGGGAGGGUGGCCGGGGCCCCGGCCCCCAUGGUGACUGCGAUGAUGACAAGUACCGGCGGAGGCCUGCCCUUGGCUGGUUGGCCCAGCUGCUUAGGAGCCGAGCGGGGUCCCGAAAACGACCGUUGUCCCUGCUGCAGAGGGCAGGGCUCUUGUUCCUGCUGGGAGCGCUGGGUUUCCUGGCCCUCUUGGUCCUCAUGUCUCGCCUGGGCCGGGCGGCGGCCGACAGUGACCCCAACCUAGACCCUCUCAUGAACCCUCACAUCCGGGUGGGCCCAGCCUGAGCCUCUCUGCUUCCUUACCUCUGAUGGGAAUCCCCUGUGGCUGGGAGGAGAGUUGUGGCCAGUGUGGGGCUGGGGGUGCUGGUUCCCUGUCCCACUCCUCCCACUCCAUUCUCUUGAGACGCUAAUGCCCCAUUAAUGUGAGGGGGCGAGGGACCCAUGGCUGCUGCCGCUGAGGGCUCGCUUGGGACCGAGGUCUGUCCCCUGACCUGCUUUUCCUUGGGAGCGUCCCCAGAGCACCAGCCCGAGCUCACCUUUCCCCCUCCACACUCCCUCUCCCUCAGGAAAAGCUGUGGUGUUGAAAAUAAACAACAGACUUUAUUAAA